CGAACAACUGCAAUGGAUAUGCGCCCGCUUAUCAACGCUACCCAGGCUGACAACAUCUUCGACAGCUGAACGUUGUGUGGGCGAAUCUGCGAUGCAUGCUUGGAGCAAUAGCGCUUUCUCUGAUAUUGCGAGUGCUGCCCAAAGCUGUCGUGAGUCUUGAAAUGGACACGGUCUAUACAGGUGAUACUCUCACUCCAACAGGAUACGGUACUGUACAAGAGGAACACCUGCGCCAUAUCAUCAGUGUCAUAUUACCCGCUUGCCAACGGAAUAGAGCAGCCAACAACAACUACACCGCAUGUGCGUCGUGGAACAAGCUAAUUGAAUGUUCCACUGAGCCAGAAAAGCAAACUAAGCAGAUGUGGUAGCACCUUACAUUGCUACCACAACAACGCUUCCAGGAAGCCCCAGCUCCAUUCCUCUAUCACUUAAUCAGCUAUUUCGUCAACUACUCGAGCCACCGACUUAAAACGCCUUUCCGAACCUAGAACGCUUCGUUCUGCUCUCUAAUGACCAUCGCGAUC